UCCGCCACCAUGUCGAACGCCGUUGCUACAGAUGAGGACAGAAUCGACGGCCACGCCACGAGUUUCGACGAGUUUUUGUCUCAAGACUUUGGCUCGCUGAAUUUCAAGUAUCGCGACCAGGCGACGCGUCUCCUUCGCACCGAUGAAACCCGAAUAAUUGUGAAUAUCGACGAUGUACGCGACUGGAAACGCGAUUUUGCCAAUGGGAUCCUCCGAGAACCAGCAGAAUACCUCCCUGGCUGCGAAAAGGGUCUUCUCGACCUCAUCAAACGCCUACCAGAAUCAGAAAAGCACAAUAUGGAGUCAAAGACGUUCCGCCUUGGUUUCGUCGGCUCUUUUGGAGAUCACCAUGUCAGUCCUCGCACCCUCCAUGCUGCUCAUCUGGGCAAGAUGAUCUCGGUCGAAGGCAUAGUCACCCGCUGCUCCCUCGUCCGACCAAAGAUGUUACGAUCGGUCCACUUCUGUCCUACAACCGGCGACUCCCACUUCCGAACAUACAACGACGCGACCUCAUCCGUAUCCAAUGAACCACCGUCUACUUCUGUUGUUCCCCAAAUUGACGAGAAAGGAAACAUGCUCCAAACCGAGUUUGGACUGUGUUAUUUUCAAGACCAUCAACGAAUUAGCAUUCAAGAAAUGCCUGAACGCGCCCCCGCAGGCCAACUUCCCCGCAGCGUCGAUGUUAUCAUGGACGCAGACUUGGUCGAUAGAUGCAAACCAGGCGAUCGAAUUCAGUUAGUGGGUGUAUACCGAAGCGUUGGAGGUGGUUCAAGUGGCGCAUUCAAGUCCCUGAUCCUCGCCAAUAACAUCAAUCUACUGUCCUCAAAAAUUGGUGGUGGCAUUGCACAAGGUCCCCUUACUGUCGACGAUAUUCGUAACAUCAACCAGUUGGCUAAGCGUCCGAAUAUUUUCAACCAGCUUGCCCAAUCGCUUGCACCCUCCAUCUAUGGGCACGAAUACAUCAAGAAGGCCAUUCUCCUCCUGCUACUCGGUGGAGCGGAAAAGAAUUUGCCUAAUGGUACCCACAUCCGUGGAGAUAUCAAUAUGCUCAUGGUCGGAGACCCAUCUACCGCAAAAUCUCAACUCCUUCGGUUCGUUCUUGGUACAGCUCCCCUGGCUAUCGCGACUACCGGAAGGGGAAGCUCUGGUGUCGGUCUUACUGCCGCCGUAACGACCGACAAGGAAACUGGUGAACGGAGACUGGAAGCAGGCGCUAUGGUCCUCGCCGACCGCGGUGUUGUUUGCAUCGAUGAAUUCGACAAGAUGUCUGAUAUUGACCGGGUGGCAAUUCAUGAAGUCAUGGAACAACAAACGGUCACAAUCGCCAAAGCGGGCAUCCACACAAGCUUGAAUGCCCGCUGCAGCGUGGUUGCUGCCGCGAACCCGAUUUAUGGGCAGUACGACAUUCACAAAGACCCCCACAAGAACAUCGCCCUGCCAGACUCGCUACUUUCACGUUUCGAUCUGCUGUUCAUUGUUACGGACGAUGUCGAAGAAACGCGGGACCGCUUAAUUGCAGACCACGUUCUCCGGCUCCACCGGUACCUCGCCCCAGGCGUUGAAGAGGGGACUCCAAUUCAAGACAACCUUUCCCAACCAUUAGCAAUGGACGGGCCCGAGGCCGCGCAAGAAACCGAAGUAACUGAUACGAGUCCAUUUGAACGCUUCGAUCCCCUUCUCCACAUCGGCGUCACUCAGCCGACCACUGGGAGAACAACCAGGAGCAAGUCAAAAGCUCAAGAACCGCCACAAAUAUUCACGAUUGCCUUCAUUAAAAAGUACAUCCAAUACGCCAAGAGUAAGACAGCGCCGAUACUGACCAAAGGCGCGGCGGACCAUAUCGUUCAGGUGUAUGCGAAUCUCCGGAAUGAAGUUAUGGAAGGCAACAGAAAAAAGACGUCACCUUUGACCGCGCGUACCCUCGAGACCCUGAUUCGGCUCGCAACUGCCCAUGCUAAGGCCCGUCUUUCGCCCCAAGUCGAGUUGGCCGAUGCUGCAGAGGCAGAAACGAUCAUGCGUUUCGCUUUGUUCAAGGAAGUCCCGCGACGGCAACGACGGAAAAAGCAGAAGCUUAACUCGGGAGGAGCCCAUGCUGAGGGUGAUGGGGCUGAGACGGAGGCAGAAGAUAGUGAAGAAGAUGAACCUGAAGUUCCUACUCGUAUGAGCAUGCCACCUCAAAAGGGCAAGAAUACCCCAUCGCCUGAACCCGAGCCGGCGCCGCAAGCCCCUGCCCCAACUCAAGAUCCCAUCUGGGGUGACGAAAGUCAGGACGUCACAAUGGAGGUUGACGCGCCAGCUGCAGCCGGUCAGCUAUCGUCAGAUCGACUGGAAAUUUUCCGAACUCGGCUAGCUUCUGCUUUACAAACGACCCUGGUGGGACAAGAAGCAGUCACAUUAGCCAAUGCUGUCGAGGAAGUCAACAGGGGCCUCAAUGUCGACGACCUUUUCACCACGGCGGAGGCCAGGCAAGCAUGUGCGGCUAUGGACGACUCGAACCAGAUUAUGUUCAGUGCUGGUCUGAUAUACCCAGUAUAA